AUGGCUUCGUCUGGUGAAGAGAGAGAAAUAGUGCUGUAUCACUACUCUUCCUCGCCAUAUGCGAGACGAGUGGUGUGGUACCUUGCCUUGAGGGGCAUUCCCUAUGUUCAAUGCAUGCAACCGCCGGUGAUGCCCCGGCCCGACGUUGAAAAACUUGGCGUCGCUCACCGGCGGAUCCCGAUUCUUUCCAUCGGCCGCGAUGUCUAUCUGGAUUCGCGGCUUAUGCUCCGAAAGCUGGAAUCCCUCUAUCCUUCGCGCCCGCGUCUCGGUGCUUCUGGCCCGGACCAAGCUGCUCUCGAGCGUUUGCUCGAGGUCUUGACCAUUGACGGCGGCGUCUUCCGCAAUGCGAUGAGCGUCCUCCCUACCAACUUACCUAUGCUGCGCGACCCCGCGUGGUUCAAGGACCGCAGCGGCUACGUCGGUGCGCCGCUGUCGGCUGAGGCCAUGGAGCGCAACAAGCCGGAUGCGGUCAACGAGGUGCGCCGUAACAUGGAGUUCCUCGAGACGACGUUGCUGGCCGACGGUCGCGACUGGGUUCUCAAGACGGACGGCCCUAGUUUGGCAGAUAUCGAGGCUGUUUGGCUGGUUCACUGGCUGACUGGCAUUCCCGACGCGCUUCCCAAGGAGUACAUCUCGGCUGAGAAGUUCCCCAAGGUAUUCGCCUGGAUUGCACGGUUCCAGAAGCAGAUAUCCGCUGUGAAAAAGGCGGCACCCAAGGUCGAGACAGUAUCCGGAGAUGAAGCCGCGAAGAUUGUGACAUCGUCGCCGUACAACGAGCCCGAGGGCAAGGUUGAAACCAAUGACGCGCUUGUGGCCGCUGCGGGCCUCAAGGCGGGCGAAGAAGUGGUCGUCUGGCCUACCGACACGGGUGCUACGCACAAUGACUCGGGGAAGCUUGUGAGCAUCAAUGGGGAUGAGGUGGUGAUUGAGGUCAGCGGAGAGAAGGGCUCGGUAAGAGUUCACGCACCGAGACAUGGCUUCCGGGUGGAGAAGCUGGACAGCUUCAAGGAACGCAGAGCUCCCACCAAGCUGUGA